AUGGGGGGUCAGUACCUGAAGCGGGGGCCCGAGCAGCACUCCCCACCGUGGGCUGUGUGCGUUGCCGCACGCGUCCUUGCAGCCGUUGCUCCUGGCGCGCGAGGGACCGACAGCCACAACAGCUUUUCCCAUCUGCCUAACGGGCUCUACCCGUCGUACAUUCCCCUGAGCCACCUCGAGCCCCCCAGCGCUGGCAGUCCUCUCCUGGCCCAGCUGGGUCAGCACAGCCUCUUCGAGUCACAGAAAGAUGGGUUCUACCUGUCCAGCCACGCGGGCCAGUCCGCUUUGCACCCACAGCCUCCCCUCUCGAGGACUGCGGGCAACCACACGUCGAGCACUUUGCUCCGGGAGAAGGACCUUGGGCAGCUGCACAAGAGCUCGAAAGAAAGCCUGAAAGACCCUGGAGGGAAGGAGCGGGCAUGCCGGAGCGAUCUGUCCCUGCCCUUUGCCAAGAAGGAGGGCAAGCCGAAGGAGGAGCCCCGGCCCCGCAGCGUGGUAGACCUCACGCAGGACACCAAGCCCGACAGCGACAGGAAAGUGAGUGUGGUGGAGAAGGCGGUGAAGGUUGGCGAGCGUCUCUCGCCGUUCCUGGCUGAGCACAUGCCAAAUCGGGGCGCAGGCGGUGGGGAACCCAAGUCCAAGAACCCACUGCAGAGCUCUUCCCUCAGCAACUGCAACGGCGGCGGGGACCCCAUGCUGAAGGUCCUGGGUGCCGAGCAGGACCGCUGUGCCAAGGAUCCCGCUCGGCACGAUGAGAACAUGAGGCCUUCUGCGCAUGCCCACGCCGAGCGGCUGAAGCGGGGGGAGCCCCUCCUGCCCUCUGUGGGCGCUUUGCACAUCUCCUGCAGCUGCCCGUCCCCGCACCCCUCGCAGCCGGGGAAGAUGACGCCGGCCACGACAUUCCCUCCGCAGCCCGUCCAUUCCAGCAUGUACACCAUCUUUCCGCCGGCCAAGGAGCUGGGGAGGGAGCACAAAGUCAUCGCCCCCACCUUUGUGCCUUCGGUCGAAGCCUAUGACGAGAGGAGUGGGCCCAUCCAAAUCGCCUCACAGGCCCGCGACAACAAGGCGAAGGACAAGGACCUUGGCAAGGUGGGGGUGCUGCAGUCGCCCACUGAGCGGUGCCUUGCAGAUGCCUCCCGCACGCUCUUGUCCCAGGACUUUUCUUGCCACAGCGAUGCCAAAAGGAUGGAGGCUCUGAGGGAGAAGGGCUCGGUGAUCAGGGCGAACUCCAUGGCGCUGAAGAGACAGGUCACUUCGGAGCCCUUCCUCAACCGGACGGGGCUGGGCUCUCCAGAGAGCAGGGAGUUCCUGGCCUCCAAGGACUUGCUGAAGCCGAGUCCGGAGGCAGAGCAUCGCCCUUGUGAGCGGGACCGCUUCCAGCGAUCCAGCUCCAAAGAAGCGGCGAAGGUCUAUGGCACUUUGGACUCCUCCCGGCAGCACCUGGACCAUGGUCAGCUGAAACCGCCCGAGCAGAAGUGGAAGCCCUUUGAGAUGGGCAACUUUGCCACCACACAGAUGGCGGUGCUGGCUGCGCAGCACAACCACGUCACCCGGGCGGAGGAGGAAGCCAAGAAGGUCUACCUUGACCCCAGUGGCUUGCCGCGGUCCUCGGUGGUGGGCUCGCGGGGUGCCGCGGACGUCCUCCAUCCUGCCUCCCAUGGUGAAGGGUCGGCCAUGCAGAGCCUCAUCAAGUACAGCGGCAGCUUUGCCAAGGAGACUGCGUCCCGGCAGAGCUGUGGCAAGAAGAGCCCCUUUGGCGGCUUGGGCAACAUGAAGUUGGACUCUUCGCAGCUGGGUGCCUCCAAAGUGCAGCAGCUGCUGUCUCAGCAGCCAGCGAAGCAGCUGAAGAGGGACCCCGAGAGACCUGAGAGUGCCAAAUCCUUUGGCCGUGAGAGCAUCGGCUCCCAGGGCGAGGUGGAGGUGAGGCACUUGCCCGUUGGCAUCGCCGUGGCCGUGGCCCGGCAGAAGGACAACAGCAGCAGCAGCAGCAGCAAACUGGGGCCCAGCUUGGCGGACCGGGAUCGCUCGCUGUCUCUCAGCAGCAUCAAAGGGCAUGGACGCUCGGAAGAUGAUUGCGGGGAUGAGAGGAGCCGCCACCGGGACAGCCACCUCCUGGCAGGGCGCUUGGAGCGGGAUCAGGAGAAGCUGCUCAGAGAGAGCAAGGAGCUGGCAGAUUUUGCCCGGAUACACCCGUCUGGCUGCGCCACGAAUGGUUUGAACUCCAACCUCAUGGUGACGGGAGGCCCAGCCUUGACGGGCUCCGGGCGCUGGUCUGCAGACCCGGCUUCGCACUUGGCAGCCCACCCCUGGCUCCCCAGGACAGGGAGCCCGUCCAUGUGGCUGGCCGGCCAUCCCUAUGGACUCGGUCACCCUUCCCUGCACCAGGGCAUGACUCCAGGCUUCCCCCCUGCCAUGGGGGGAGCUCUCCCUUCCGCCUACCAGUUUGCCAGAGACCCGCAAUCGGGGCAGCUUGUUGUGAUCCCCAGUGAGCACUUGCCACACUUCGCGGAGCUGAUGGACCGGGCGCCCCCACUGUGGCCCGCUAUGUACCCCCCAACCAGGAGCUCCCUCCAGCAUGCUCACCAGCUCCAGCUCCUCUCCCAUCAGCAGCUGCUGCGGCAGCAUGAGCUCUACAUUCUGCAGCAGCAAGCGGCCCAUGCCAUGGAGCUACAGAGGAGCGCCCAGCUCGUGGAGAGGUUGAAGGCGAACGAGCAGCGUGCAGAUAUGGAAGAGAAGGUGACGAAGCGGAGCCUGGACAGUGCCAAAUCUGGCCUUUCCUCCUCUGCCCCAGGACUGGUGCACCGAAAACCACCUGUGCUGUCUCCCAGCGCCUCCACGUCCUACAGCAAGGCUGUGAGUCCACCUCCCCUCUCUCCCAGGGCCUCACCCGUGUCUGUGCUCAAAGCUGAGGUGAUCCAAAAGAUGGAGGAGCCACCUUCGCAGCCAGCCUACUCCUACCCCGCCACCCCCAGCUCUCAUCCUUCCAGCCCACCCCCUGCCUCUCCACCCCCUGCCCCUGCCAUCCCUCCAAAGGAAGAGGUGCCCGAGACCGUGGAGAAGAAAGACCUGGAGCUGGAAAAAGAGGCUGCUGGUCCAUACCAGGCCUUGUUCCCAGAGAUCCCCCCAGGAUAUCCAUUCCAGUCCCUGCCUCCCUCUUUUGGAAGACACUAUCCCUACCUCCUCCAGCCUACCGCAGCAUCUGAUGCGGAUGGCCUGGCUCCUGACGUCCCGCUGCCUGCUGAAGGUUCUGAGCACAUGGAGCUUUCCCCAGAGGUCAAGCCCAUCCACCUGUCUCCGUCCAAAAUCCUAGAGCCCAUCCAAGCAGCAGCAGAAGAGGAGUCCUUGGAAGAGAGGGUGAAAUCAGAGGUGCAGAUGGAGGAAAGCCAAGAAGGCAUCUGUGAGCAGGACAUGGGGACUCUGAACAUCACCACCUCUGCAGCCGUCCCAGUGCAGAAUGUGGACAAUUGCAAUCUCCUGUUGCAUCAAGGUGAAGCCCUGGGUGCUAUGGAGCAGGACCAGGAAGACCUCCAGAGCUGCCCACCUCCUUACCAGGUUGUGGCCUGCCCUGCAGAAGCAGAGGCUCAGGCAGAGACUGGGAGUGGAGCAGAAACCUGCUCUGUGCACAUGGACUAUGAUGGUUCGCUCGUGCAUGCGGAGAACGAGCCGCCUGCGAUGGACUUAACGCCCCAGCGGGAGGAGGCCUCUGUAGCCAUGGAUCUGCAGAGCGCUGAUGUGCCCCGGGGGAGGGAGUUUCCCAGCCUGCCCCCUGAGGAGGGGGAGCAGGGGCCAGAGAUCCCUUCCUACACGGAGGAGGCAAUCUCUUGCCAAAUCCCAGCUCUGGACAUCAAGCCGGGCGACCCGCUGGCUGGGAUGAAUGCUUUGGUGGCUGCCACAGAAAUGCCUCAGGCUUGUUCCUUGUUGACUACCACCAGCGUCACUCCAUCCCAGAUGAAGGUGGAGGUGUUACCUGACCAGGCCUUGGAGCACUCCUUCCUGCAAGGGAUCACUUUGCUGAGUGAAAUUGCAGAGAUGGAGCUGGAGAAGAGGAAGCAAGAAAUACAAACAGGUCCAGAGAGUUUCCCUGUCCGGCCAACGCUGGAGAGUUUGCUGGCUGCCAGCACCCACAUGCUCAUGGAAGUACUUUCCACCCCCUUUAUGGAAAGUCUGAAAACCAUCCGGCUGCCUCGAGAGCUGAAUCCCAACAAAAAGUACAGCUGGAUGCAGAAGAAAGAUGAACCCAUGUACUCCAUCAAAUCGGCCAUCGAGAACAUGGAUGCAAUGGAGUUGGACUACAGGAUGAGGCUGGCGGAGCUGCAGCGCCGGUACAAGGAGAAGCAGCGGGAGCUGGUGAAGCUGCAGCGCCGCAGGGACUCCGAGGAAAAGCAUGACGAGAAAAGUAGAAGCUUGGCGAGAAGAGGCCCUGGAAGGCCCAGGAAGAGGAAACUUGGAUCAAGCGCUCUGUCACCCAUUAAGGAGAGAGGGAAGAGUGACAGCAAGAGUGGAAAACUGAGCAAGUCCUUGUUGCUCUCCGAAGACUCUGAGACUGGCGAGGGCAUGAAGAAGAGGCACAAAGGGGCCCUCCCGGAGGAGGACGAGGAUGUGGAGAGCGGCAGUAGCAAGAUGAAAGGGAGGAACCAGAGCUGGGAAGAGCAUGAUGCGGCUCCCAGCUUCUCAAACGAGUUAAAGCUCAAGAAGAAGAAGGUACCAUCGGAUCAGGAGCAGCUGGCCAGCAAGCUUGACAAGGCCCUGUCACUCACCAAACAAGACAAGCUCAAAUCCCCUUUCAAGUUUGCUGACAGCUCUGGGGGAAAGCUGAAAACUAGUGGAGGUGGCAGCAGGUACCUCCCACCCCACGAGGCUCUGCCAAGCAAGGAGGAGAAGAAGAGCCUGGCCAAGAACCUGGGCCUGUCACUGAAAACCACCAAGGAAGGUAAAAACAAAGUGGCUGCCAAAAUGAAGAAGAUGGAGGUGGGGUUAAAAGUCAAAAAUCAGCUCAAGGUUUCUCAUUCACCAGCAAUAUCUGAAGUUAGCAGCUACUCGUAUAGUAAGGGGCCCCCCCGCGCGGCGGGGCCGGGCGGCCCCCGAAAGCCGAAGGCGGUGGCGGGCCGGAAGCAGCCCUUCUGCCUGCUGCUGCGGGAGGCCGAGGCAGGAUCUUCCUUCAGCGACUCCUCGGAGGACUCGUUCGAUCAAGAUUCUAGCUCAGAGGAAGAGGAAGAGGAGGAUGAAGAGGAAGAGGAGGAAGGAGAGGACUAUGGGACAGAUGGCACCGACAGGCUUUCAUCGCCUGCCCUUGAUGAGAGCGGUCUGGGCCUUCUAGCAAGGUUUGCUGCCAGUGCAAUGCCCAGCCCCAUCGUUCCCCCUCCACUUUCCAUCAUCCAGCUGGAGGCCAAGCAGAAGGCGAAGAAGAAGGAGGAGCGGCAGAGCCUGAUGGGGACGGAGUUCGAAUACACUGACUCAGAGAGUGAGAUCAAGAUCAGGAAGAAGUCGCCUUCAGGGCUGCUGCGGGGAAAGAAGGGGCCACUGGAGGCAAGCAGCAUCCCACCAAACCAGGCCCCCAGCAGCCUCGACUCUGGAUCUGGGAGUGCUGACAAGGCCAAGCUUGGGUCUGAGAAAGGACGCAAGCUAAAGAAAUUCAAGUCCCCCAAGGACCUGAGCUUUGAGUUUGGGCUGGAGGCCAGUGAUGAUGACCUGUGGAACCGGCGCCGGAGCGAGCGGAUCUUCCUCCAUGACGCCACCACAUCCUCGGCCAUUCUGACCCCUGCGGCGCCUGCCAGCUCCACUCCUGUCUCCAAGCCUGGGCGCUGUGGCAAGGGGGCACCCAUGAGCCCCAAAAAGGAGGGCAGCAAGGGGAAGGAGAGGAAGGAGCUAAGCAAGCGGAAGAAGGGUAAAGAAACACCCUGCUGCUCCUCCUCCUCGUCCAUGUCUCCUCCUGGCAUCCCUAGCUCCCCAUCUGAUGUUCGUGUCAGUCUGGCAAAUGCCCUGGGCUCCACCAAGAAGAGCAAAGCCAAGGUGAAAGCCAAGGAGGUGAAAAAAGAGAACCGAGGGAAAGGAGGAGCUGUCAGCAAGCUCAUGGAGAGCAUGGCAGCAGAGGAGGAUUUUGAACCCAACCAAGACAGCAGCUUCUCAGAGGAUGAGAACAUCCCACUGAGCAUGCUGGUCGAGCGACCGCCCACACCAGCUCCCCGCUCCUGCAUAAUUGACAAGGAUGAGCUGAAAGAUGGUCUGCGUGUCCUCAUCCCCAUGGAUGACAAGCUGCUCUAUGCCGGACAUGUCAAGACGGUGCAUUCACCAGACAUAUACCGUGUGGUGGUGGAAGGUGAAAGGGGAAACCGUCCCCACAUUUACUGCCUGGAGCAGCUCUUGCAGGAAGCGAUCAUUGACGUGAAACCGCCUUCAGUGCGAUUCCUGCCCGAGGGCACAAGGAUUGCAGCCUACUGGAGCCAGCAGUACCGCUGCCUCUACCCAGGGACAGUUGUCCGAGGAGCCCUGGAUCUGGAGGAAGAUGGUGAUCUCAUCACAGUAGAGUUUGAUGAUGGGGACACGGGACGUAUCCCACUGUCUCACAUUCGUCUUCUCCCACCUGACUACAAGAUCCAGUGUGCUGAGCCUUCCCCGGCCCUUUUGGUGCCCAGCACCAAGCGCCGUAGCCGUAAAUCCAGCAAAGACACUGGAGAAGGAAAAGAAGGAGCUACACUGGGGUCAGAGGAGCCUGUGUCAAAGGGCAAAGGGCGAGGGAGAAAGCCAAGCAUCAAGGCAAAAGCUGAAGAGGCUGCCUUGCCAGAAGAGAAGGAUCAGGUUGAGUCUUCACCUGUUACCUCUUCAGUCCCAGAGAAGCCAACCUGCUUGGGCAAGCCAAGCAUGAAGGGGUCACGAAAAUCACAACCACUGCCGACUGGAGGCUCUCCUGCCCCCACAGAGGAAAAGCGGUCAAAAGCCAGCAAAAUGAAGAUCUCCACUAAGCUGCAUAGCCCCCCACAACCCACUUACCAGCCUGCUAUGUUUGGCAGCAUCCUUGGCACGGAGCCCUACAGCGACCUCCCAGGGACGCUGGCGGCCUUCGGCUCCAGCGAUGCUUCAGCAUCGAAAGCCAAGGCCAAGAAAGGGCGGCCCACAGAAGAGACACCCGAGUUUGGCACCAUGGUCAAGGCUCAGAGGAAGCAUGACAACGAAAUCCUGAUCAAGCUGGACCAUGAGGGCGUGAUGUCUCCAAAGACAAAGAAGAUGAAGGAGGCGAUGAGGAUGCUGGAGGACUCGAACCUGGCCAGUCGCAGAGACAGCAAGAGUCUCUUGGGACUGGGCUAUUCCCCUGCAGUGGGUGCGGAGGGCAAGCAGAAAUCUUCCCGUACCAAAGCAGCUGAGGGAGACCCUUCCCCUGCCAGCUUCGGAGGAAAGUUCGAUGGCUCAGCAGAGAGCCUCACUGCUUCAAAGGACCAGGAAGAAAAGGCAGCAGCUCCAGCAGCAGUGGAGGAGUCUGAGAGCAACAGCAGCGACAGCAGCUCGGAGUCAGAGGGAGAAGAGGAGGCUGAGAAGAACCGAGGGGAAGCCCAGGACAGCAGCUCGGCCAGCUCAAGAGCAUCCACCCCUCUCUCUUCCUCCAACUCCUCCUCCUCUUCCUCCUCUAGCAGCAGCUCCUCUUCAUCCUCCUCUUCCUCCUCUUCCUCAGCCUCAUCGACCUCUUCUUCAUCUAGCUCCAGCUCUUCUUCCUCCUCCACUACAGAUGAAGACUCCUCCUGCAGCUCUGAUGAUGAAGUAGCUGAGGCCCAGCCAAGUUCCUCGGUGCAGCAAACCCUCCCACCCAAGCAAACCAAGCAGGCAGGGAAAUCCCGCGCGUCCUCCCACCCCCAGAGCCAGAAACAGCCGGCGCAGCAGCCGGUGCAACAGCCGGCACCACAGCAGAGCGGCAACAAGAGCAGGCCCAAAAAGCGCGAGGGCAUCCACCUGCCCACCACCAAGGAGCUGGCCAAGCGCCAACGACUGCCGUCGGUGGAGAACAGGCCCAAGAUUGCCGCUUUCCUCCCUGCACGGCAGCUGUGGAAGUGGUUUGGGAAACCCACACAGAGACGAGGAAUGAAAGGAAAGGCCAGAAAGCUCUUCUAUAAGGCCAUUGUCCGGGGCAAGGAGAUAAUCCGCAUCGGAGACUGUGCGGUCUUCCUCUCAGCUGGCCGCCCCAACCUGCCCUACAUUGGCCGGAUCCAGAGCAUGUGGGAGUCGUGGGGGAACAACAUGGUGGUCCGAGUCAAGUGGUUUUAUCACCCAGAAGAAACCAACCCUGGGAAGAAACUCAACGAAGGCAAGCGCUGGGAUCAGAAAUCGGGCAGGAGUCUGUCCACAGCUUUGCAGGCAUCCAACCAGAGGAAGGACUUUAUGGAGCGAGCCCUCUACCAGUCCUCUCACGUGGAUGAAAAUGAUGUCCAGACCAUCUCACACAAGUGUCUUGUUGUUGGUCUGGAUCAAUACGAGCAGAUGCUAAAGACGAAGAAAUACCAAGACAGUGAGGACCUCUACUACCUUGCAGGGACCUACGAGCCCACUACGGGCAUGAUCUUCAACACCGACGGGGUCCCUGUCAUCUGCUGACCGCCCAGGGGACACGUGCCACCCCCUGGGAAGGGACGGGACAAACCUGAGGACGUGCCUGUUCAGACGACAUGAUUGUUUCUUUCAAUGCUCAUGACUCCUGUGUCACAUUACAGACAGGAGAGCGCGAGAGACACGAGGAGGAAGGAGAGGGCUGAAGAAAGGGGUUGGGGAAGCAGUUACAGGACUUGAGGAAGAUGCCGGUGGGGGGGGGUGGUGGUGGUGCUUUUGAACCCCAAGGCUCUUCUGGAAGUGGCUUUAAGUAAGGUGACACUUGACCAACUUCUCCCUUCCUCCUUUUGGUCCAGGAAAGCACAUGGGUCUCGUGAUCAUUUCACCAGCGGGACCCCCCCCAGCAGGAGGGAUCCCUUUUGUGUCAUUUGCCCCCAUCAGUAACUCGGAAGCUGCCUGUACGUGGAAGGACACCCACUAGCCUUCUGCGUAUGCUCCUCUCCGUCCUUAUAUUCCCUUUCCUGUUUAGUUUCGCAUGACCCUUUAGGAAGGACAGGGUGAAAGAGAAAGGAGAUGAGUCUCUCUCUCAGCGCCUCGUCUCGAUCCUCUCAGCGCCUUUUUGCGGUUCCCUUUCCCUGGAGGCCCCUGGCCAGCAGUGUGGAGCACGAAGAGGCAGAGCUGGCUUCAGCACGGAGAUGGCAGAAGAGGUCCUCUGGGCUGGGAGGAGC